UCGCCCUGCGGCGGCGGAGGGGAGCGCCCAUGGCGCGGGGCCGCCGGGCGCGCCGGGCCCCGCUGCUGCGCCCCCGGCUGCACGGGCUGCGGCAGAUGUGCUCGCGGCGGGCGGCGCUGCAGCGGCGGGCGCUCUGGGUGCUGGCCUUCUGCACCUCGCUGGGCUUGCUGCUCUCCUGGUCCUCCAGCCGGCUGCUGCACUGGCUCGCCUUCCCCUCGCACACCCAGGUGCGCACCGAGUGGAGCCGCCAGCUGCCCUUCCCCGCCGUCACCCUCUGCAACAACAAUCCGCUGCGCUUCCCCCGCCUCUCCAAGGGGGACCUCUACUACGCCGGCCACUGGCUGGGGCUGCUGCUGCCCAACCGCACCGCCCGCCCGCUGCUCACCGAGCUGCUCCGCGGCGACCAGGCGCGCCUGCAGUGGUUCGCCAAGCUCGCCGACUUCCGCCUCUUCCUGCCGCCCCGCCACUACGAGGGCAUCAGCGCCGACUUCAUGGACCGCCUGGGCCACCAGCUGGAGGACAUGCUGCUCUCCUGCAAGUACCGCGGCGAACUCUGCGGGCCCCAGAACUUCUCCGCGGUGUUUACAAAAUAUGGGAAAUGUUACAUGUUUAACUCAGGAGAAGAAGGGCGGCCCCUGCUUACCACAGUCAAAGGUGGGACGGGCAAUGGAUUGGAGAUCAUGCUGGACAUACAGCAGGACGAAUAUUUACCAAUAUGGGGAGAAACAGAGGAAACUACAUUUGAAGCUGGAGUCAAAGUUCAGAUCCACAGCCAGUCGGAGCCGCCCUUCGUCCAAGAACUUGGCUUCGGAGUGGCCCCUGGAUUUCAGACCUUUGUCGCCACACAGGAGCAACGGCUGACCUACCUGCCCCCUCCGUGGGGCGAGUGUCGCUCGUCGGAUGUGGGGUUAGACUUUUUCCCUGUUUACAGUAUCACGGCUUGCAGGAUUGACUGUGAAACCCGCUACAUUGUGGAAAACUGCAACUGCAAAAUGGUCCACAUGCCAGGGGACGCUCCGUUCUGUACUCCGGAGCAGUAUAAGGAGUGUGCAGAGCCUGCGCUGGGUUUGCUUGCUGAAAAGGACAGCAAUUACUGUACCUGCAGGAUGCCGUGUAACCUGACCAGGUACAACAAAGAGCUCUCCAUGGUGAAGAUCCCCAGCAAAACUUCAGCCAAGUACCUGGAGAAGAAGUUUAACAAGUCUGAAAAAUACAUCUCAGAGAAUAUUCUCGUGCUGGAUAUAUUUUUUGAAGCACUCAACUAUGAGACAAUUGAGCAGAAGAAAGCAUACGAAGUGGCAGCUUUACUUGGUGACAUUGGCGGUCAGAUGGGAUUGUUUAUUGGUGCUAGUAUCCUUACAGUACUAGAGCUCUUUGAUUAUAUUUACGAGCUGAUCAAGGAAAGAUUGUUAGACCUGCUUGGCAAGGAGGAGGAGGAGGGGAGCCAUGACGAAAACGUGAGCACUUGCGACCCCAUGCCAAAUCAUUCCGAAACCAUCAGCCACACUGUGAACGUGCCCCUGCAGACGACCCUGGGAACGCUGGAGGAAAUUGCCUGCUGACACCUCCCCGCCAGCGCCGGAGUGCCAAGACCGACCGAAAGGAGACUGCACAGGAAAGCAGGGACCAAGCUCAGGUUUGCACCGGGGGAAAAGGAAGAAAAUCGCUAUGCAUUAAAAAAAAAUAAUAUAUAUCUAUAUAUAACUGUAUAUAUAUUAUACAUCUCUGCCAAAACCAAGCGAGCGGCGCCUUGGACUUGACUUGCGUCGUCCUUUCCUGUGGGGGGGCUCGUCUUCGGGAUCUGAAGACACACUCGUUUUUGAACUGUACAGACCAACACAGAAACUAACAAAGCCACCAUUUCAUAUACUGCCGACUGUAUAAAGCACUUGCAUGCCGAUACUUUUUAUGGCAAUAUAUUCCUAGCUGUCUUUCUAAGCUCUGUUCCUCUGUACAGGCUCUGAUUUCACUACCAAGAAGGAAUUUUGCGGGCCCAUCCGUCCCCGAAAUCGCCGUUAAUUAGGCUGUAUUAGAAUAAAGAAACAAACAAACGUGCAGCUCUUGGACUCUCCUUACCUCCUUGUUCUUCGUGUCAGUUUGCUAGGCCAGGUCCCCCAAAGGCUAAGCCGUGCUGCAGCCGGGCCUGGCGGAGAUACCGUCACCUACAGGGGAGCGGCCCAGGGACCGCAGUCUGACUCCCUGACCUGGAUGGCUCUUGGAUGACCACACCCGUGGCUACUGUGUCGUGCUCCUGGGUCUGUAACGCAGCUUGUACAGUCUGGUUUGGGGGGGUGCGGGCAGGAGCGGGCGUGGGGAUUAUUUUUCAUUCCUUUCCGUUGUGCGUUUUCCUCGUUCUCCUGACUGAUAUUAAAGCUGGUCUUGUGGAAACGGCCAGACUGUGUCAUUCCUGCUUUGCCUCCUGACUCGCUCACCACCGCUCCGGCCUCAGGGCGGACAGAGCAGACGGGAUGCCCCCUCAAUUGGCUGUUUUAGUGGGAGGGUCCCCUGCAUUUGGCCCUGCUGCUCUUCCCUGGUGGGUAGCGAAAGGGGGCAGCUGGACUCAUCCUCCACUGCCUACCCAUCGGCUGAUAACAGGCGGCCAAUCCAGCCUCUUCGUGCUCCAUCAAACAGGGGGGCAGGGCCUUGUGCUUCUCCAGUUUGUGGGCACAUUGGGGAUUAGCCAGCACCCUACACCCUGUCCCCUUCCUGUGUCAUCUCCAGGGUGGGCUUUGUUCUUCCCCAAAGCUGGGAGCAGAGCACCCCCUUCGUUCGGCCCCCGCAGCUGCUCCCCCACCCUGGUGCAUCAGGCAACAUCACUAGGACAUCAAGAGCCCAACCCAGUGGAUUGGGACCAGAGCUCUCCUGGGGCUGUUGGUGUUGUUCCCAACCCGCGAAGCCACACACACGUUCCCACACAAGCCCCGUGGCUUCCCUCCCAACAAGCCCCAGCCCCGCUAUGAGAUUGCCCGGCCCUGCCCUAGCACAGAGUCUAGUCUGUCAGUGCCACUGCACGAAAGCCACUUGGAGUCUCCAUGUCACCCUCCCAACACCCCGCUGCUAGUCAGCUGCUCUGAAGCGUCUCUCGGAUUCAGACUCCCAGAAGCCCUUGCCUGGCUAUGAUUCUCUUUGCAGAGGAGCUGGAAGCUGAUCCCCACUGUGGUCUCCCGUGUCCCCCUCGUGUAUCAUAGAAACAGAAUCUCAGGGUUGGAAGGGACCUCAGGAGGUAUCUAGUCCAACCCCCUGCUCAAAGCAGGACCAAUCCCCAGCUAAAUCAGGCUGUAACCUUCCAGAACACAGCCCAAACCUCCAGACAGCCACGGCGGCUCCUCCCAACACUGCCUUGCAAUAGACUUGAGAUGCCGGCAGUAAAUAAUGCACUUGACUGGACCUCCAGCUCCCCUCAAAGCCCCAGCAGGGUCCUUUUUUGGGCAGCCAAAUGCCGUGAGUAGAACAAAUGAGACGUAUGUCCGCGCACAGCAGUAUGACGGGCCAGCUCCUCGACUGGUGGGGAUCAGCACACCUCAGUUGGCUUCUACGAGUUUAUAGCAACUUACACCGGUUGGGGAUCUGACCCUACCGGCUUCCCUGGGUCUCAGUCAGGGCCACCCCUUGGACCGCACCGGCAUUGGGGGUAUUUAGUGGGUAUUUAACUAGUUCUACUCAACUCCAAAGAGUUUUACCAUUUCCUAGAAAGUGCGAAAUUCCAUCCCUCUCCCCCACCCCCGCUGCACUUAGAUCGGGGAGCAGCGUAAAUUCUGGCCUCACUGCAUUUCCGGUGCAUAUGGAUUAUGGGGGUGCAGCCUAAAGUUUUCGCUAACAAUCCCCACCAGCCGAGAAGGUGCCUCCCAGAACACCCAGCAGCCGGAGCUGUUCUCUCUGGAAAGGCCUGUGUUGUCUGUUUCACAGUCCCCUGUUUCUGCGAGCCCUACGCCCACCUCUGUCUGGCCAGCUCUUGUUUUGUACGUGAAUGACGCGGCCGCCAGUCAGUCUUGUUUGUUAGUGCCCAUGCGUUCGAAGGGAACCGUGUACCUUGUCAAAAUGAUACCGUGUGCUACAGCUUUACACCAAUAAAGAGAAACAAACGUGAGUUUCACAGA